AUGAGCGCACCUACCGCAUCUCCCUACACUGUAUCCUCGCCCACAUCCAACGCUGCCGCUCCACGCUCAGCAUCCGGUGUGGGCGGCGGCGCGGGGAUCACCUCGCCGCUAUCUCCACGCGCCAGCAUGCCAUCCUACGCUCGUCGCUCCUCCACGCUCGUUUCGCUCUCGAGCGCAGGAGGCAGCUCGCGGGAUCGAGACUCGCUGAGCUCCGUCUCUCGCGCGGGCACCACGACGACGUUUUCCAGCGCAGCGGGACCUAGCACACCGACUUCCUCUGCGCACCACCCGCAUACACCCGGUACUGGAGGCAUUGCGGCUCAGAGCGGCGCGGUGCUUGGUGGAGAGAUGAUAUUGGACAGACCGAGGGACAAGACCAAGUCUUUGCAGGUAGGCAGCGCUGCUGUCCACUUUUUGUUCGCAGAGAUUGUAUCCUACACGCAGGGAAGGGUCAGAGGCAUAUCUGAGCUGGAGAGGAGGUGAGCGGGCAGAGAGAGAGAGACUGUCUGUCGGCUUCAGAUUGCCCACACACGGACCGAGCUGAUGGACUGCGACGUGCGACGUGCGACGUGCGUGUGCGCGUGCGCACGUGCGAAUCUCGUAGACUGUCAUCACUGGGCUAUCAAGUCGGGCAGCGACUGUCGCACCUCAUCAUUCACAGAGCUGAGCAGCAAGUGCCUCCGUCAUUGGGUGGCAGCAGCACGUACACGCGUUAUGGCAAUCCAAAGCGGGAAGGUAUGCGGCUCCUGCCAGCCCUCAUAUGGGUUCACUCGACGCUGUGGAAAGCCGUGUUUGGCAAGGCGGCAGACAGUUUGGAAAAGAGCACAGAGAACAGCGACGAGUGUGAGUUGGUGCGCGGAUGCGGGUGCGGGUGCGGGUGCGGGUGCGGGUGCGGGUGCAGCAGUCACCACCUAGGUGGUAUGUUGACGAAUGCACGCCCCCCGGCACACCUGCCCGCCCACAGACAUGAUCUCCUUCAAUGCCCCCUUGUUCUCCUCCAAGAUUGCGGUGCCCAAGGAGAUGAGCCAGCUCUCCGUCGAGGCCUUCACCGCCGGAAUCGUAGAGGCUGCACUGGAUGGAUUUGGUCUGGUGAGCCGCCGUGCCUUGGCCCUGCGGUGCCGUGCACUUGUCCACGCUGAUGCGAUGGCCCCUCUCCAGCCGGCAAGAGUCACUGCGCAUAGCGUGCCCACGACGGAUCAUCCGCAGCGCACAACCAUCCUCGUCAAGGUGAGACGCCUCGUAGAGUCGCAUACACGCUGCGCAGGAACGCCUGACCCUUUCACAUGUCAUUACGCACCACAGCUCGCAAAGGAAGUCAUGGAGCGCGAUGCUGCUCUUGGACCUGCUUAG